CCCAUCCUCUGACCUGCGGGGGGAAGAGGACGGAGCAAAGGUAGCUGGGGAGGAAGAGCAGGGACCGCAGUGCCCUGCAGCAGGGUCUGCUCCCUGCGUCCCCAGCCAGGCUUUCCACACCAGCACCCUGGAUUUUAUCCGGCUGUGAGGCCAUGGAAGCGCCCAAGACUGAGACUAGCAUUUUCCUGGCUGUUGUCCCAUGGAUCACUCUGGCUGUCACUUGGGGUAGAGCUGGGUGACAAGGACAAGCCAACCCGUGUCCACCAGGGAAGGUGCUCCCCGCACUGGGAGCCAGCUCGUCUCCGGAGAAGGCCGAUGCAGGGGACCUGCUGAAUGAAGCCGAGACAAGCCAGCGGGUGAGCAACCCCCCAGGCCCUGCAUGGAUUGGAAUGGGGAAACCUGCCCGCAGUAAGAGCCCAGGGCAGCUGGAAAACCCCGGCUUCUACCUCCGAGCGCUCUUCUUCCUCCUCUUCUGCAGGCAUGUUUCUUCCCAGUGCAAGAUCCUGCGUUGCAACUCGGAGUACGUGGCUGCCACCCUCAACCUGCGUGGCUCCAACCGGAACGCGGCGUACUGCAACGCCCUCCGCUCCUACUCCCACUGCACCCGCAAGACAGCUCGCACGUGCCGGGGCGACCUGGCCUACCACUCCGCUGUCCACGGCAUUGAGGACCUCAUGAUCCAGAACAACUGCUCCAAGGAGGGUCCCACAUCGCCCCCCCGGCCCCGGCCCCCAGCCCCCAACCAUCAGGGCUUUGAGUCUCUCGAUAUCUGCAACUACGAGAAGAGUUUUCUCUACAAGCACGGCCAGCCCCCCAGCUACCAGCACUGCGCGGCUUUUGGGGACCCCCACAUCCGCACUUUCCAUGAUGACUUCCACACUUGCCGAGUGGAGGGCUCCUGGCCCCUCUUGGACAAUGACUACUUGUUUGUGCAAGCAACCAGCUCUCCGGUGGCCAAGGGGUCCAACGCUACGGUCACCAGCAAGCUCACCAUCAUAUUCAAGAACAUGAAGGAAUGCAUCGACCAGAAGGUUUACCAGGCCGAGAUAGACAACCUCCCGGCAGCUUUCGAGGAUGGCUCGGUGAACGGGGGCGAGAGGCCGGGCGGCAGCAGCCUGGCCAUCCAGGAGCGCAGCCCCGGGCGGCACGUGGAGAUCCGUGCGGAGUACAUCGGCACCACCAUCGCUGUCCGUCAGGCCGGCCGCCAGCUCUCCUUCUCCAUCCGGGCAGCUGAGGAGGUGGCACGUGCCUUCACGGAGGAGCAAGACCUGCAGCUCUGUGUGGGCGGUUGCCCCCGCAGCCAGCGCAUCUCCCGCAGCGAGUGCUGCCGUGGCCGCCUCGCAGCUGAGACGGCCCGGGCACUCUGCAAGGAGAUGCUGCCUGUGGAGGACGUCUACUUCCAGUCAUGCGUCUUUGAUGUGGUAACCUCAGGAGAUGCCAACUUCACCAUGGCGGCUCAUGGAGCUCUAGAAGACGCCAGGGUCUUCCUUCCCAAUGCUGAGAAACUGCACAUCUUCCAGGCUGGGGCAGGCUGCCUGUGCGUCUCUUCUUCCUUCUUCCUCCUCCUCCUCACCUCUGGCCUUUGGGCUGUUUUGUUGCACUUUUAACUCUCGCUGGCAUUGCAAUAUACAGUACAGUCCACAGGGGUAACCCGAGAGAGCUGCUGACUCAGACCCAUGCCUUGCAGAUCAAGAGAGAAGCCUUACACCUCGGAUCAAGUGUCUCUGCGGCAAGGAGGAACCAGAGACCCAGACCUCUGGAGAGGGGAGCGCUGGAGACAAAAGAUAGUGAGACACUGGUUUGCAUCCACCUGUUCUCGCACAUAUGACACCAGUUGAACCUGGUUCCUCUCCUGAAGGCAGAUCACAUUUUUUUCUGUUGGAUUCUGAUGUGUUUCUGUUUUCUAAAGAUGAGCACAUUGCAGCUGUAUCAAAGACAAACAGAUACUACACAUUUAGGAAACCUCUCUGCCCCUCAAAGCCUUUCCAUAAACUUGCUUUACACCCUUCUUCCAGUGUUUCUACAGUUGACUUUUACUCAGGAGCCCUACAGAUUCAGAAAUAAUGGGCUCAAAGCCCAGAUCCCAAUUUUUAACAGUCAAAAAAUGUUGUUUGGUGGAUUUGGGGCCCCUUGAUCCAGCUGCUACCAAAGCAAUGCAAGAGGGGAGCAAGCCAAUAAGUUGGUUAUCAGAGCGUUGUGACCAAGUGGAGAUUUUUGAGCUAGAAAUCAACCAUUUCAUCCUGUAUUCUUCUCUCUCUGGAUUAGUAAUGUGCUAAUUUCCAGCGCUGGGAGCUGCAGAGCGUUGGUCUCUGACAUUUCAGGCUACCGUUGCUAUUUUUCCUUGUUGUCUUGGCACCUGUCUAGGACUCAGUAUAGCCAGUUCUGGACUUUGGACCAGCGUUGAGUUUCAGUAAGGAAAGAUACCCCUUGGUAUUCUUCUCCCUUGGGCCCAACUUUCUCUGUCAGUGUCACAACCCUGCUCAAAUCCAACCCAGCCUGAGGGUUUCACUUGCAAAAGCGAAUUAGUAAUGAAGACGCGGAGCUGGCAAAAAGCCAUAUGACUGUAGCUACUAGCUAGGGAGCUACUAGCAGAUGUAUAUAAAUACAGAGGUGAGGCCAAAUGAGAUGUUUAAUAUAUUUAAGAGGUUUUAAGUAAAGCAGCUAGAGUUCUAUAUGAUAAGAAUUAUUUUCCAUAUGCAAGGACUUUUUUUUUUUUUUUUUUUUUUUAAUAAAGAGGGCUCACAUUAAAAACUUUGCCAUUCCUGUCCUGCGGAGCCGUAAGAAGAGCCUUGUGGAGGCGGAUAAUUAAGCUGGCAGACACAGGGGGAAGGAGAAUUGCAGAUCAUUCAGGUACAGAAGAUCUGUCAAGCUGUAAAGGGGGGUUUCACCGUUCACGUUUCAGUAGAUCUGCAGUUUCUUUGGUCAGUCGAUUUUGCAUUAUUUUCUCCUCUGGUUCUUCUGCCGAGGGCACAAAGAGUAAAUACAGAAAUGUUUCUUAGGUAUCUCAGCAUAUUUCCUCCUUCAACACACACUCAAAGCACACGGUGACUAGUGAGGGUUUCUCUGUUCCUUGUAUGGUGUUCUCGCUAAUCCCUGAAGGUUUUGACAUUAAAGGUGUCUAUUUUUGAAGUCCUCA